AUGGCUGAACUGGAUCACCGAAGGCUGUUGACGGAGAAUGAAAAGAGACCGUUUGUGGAGGAAGCCGAAAGACUGAGAGUUCAGCACAAGAAAGAUCACCCGGAUUACAAAUACCAGCCGAGGCGGCGGAAGAGUGUGAAGCCCGGUCAGAGCGAGUCUGACGCCGGCGCUGAUCUGACCCAACUCAUGUAUAAAGCUGAACCUGGGAUGGGCCGACUGGCGGGUCCAUUGGAUCACAUCACCGAUCAUACAGCCUCCUGGAGCCGCAAGGGGCCCGUGGCAUCCUCGCCGCUCGGCACGAGCGAAGCCAGCCAGCACAGAGCUCGCAUUAAAACUGAGCAACUGAGCCCGAGCCACUACAGUGAGCACUCGCCUGAGUACGGCGUUUACAGCGCUCACGGAUCCUCGGCCGCCUCCGCCUCGUUCGCCAGCGACUAUACAGACCUUCAGAGCUCCGGCUACUACAGCCCAUACGCCGGCUACCCAUCCGGUCUCUACCAGUACCCCUACUUCCAUUCCUCACGGAGGCCAUACGGGAGCAACAUCCUCAACGGCCUGUCCAUCCCGCCCUCCCACAGUCCCUCCACCAGCUGGGAUCAGCCGGUUUACACCACGUUAUCCAGGCCGUGAGGCCUGGCUGCGAAGGACGGUCGCCAUGAUUUCGCCAAGUAAGACAUGUUCCUGGAUGGGGUUGGGAAUCGAAAAUCAAUUCCGAUUCCAGAAUCGGAUACUUAAGGUCAAGAAUCGGAUACUUGUCGAAAAUUCUAAUUUCAAUUCCACUUACCGAUUCCUUUUUUUUAGUUGGCGAAAAGGGGCUGUUGAA